UGAGCGCAGUGAGCAAGAUGAUCUGUAACUGAAUGUAUAGGAAGAAUGUAAUUCUUGUUAUAAACAUUUUGUUGGUUCUUUUUACUUGAUCCCUGAGACAAUGGCUCAUCAUCAGUUUCUAUCCGCAUUUUCAGUUGGUCACCUGUCACUUCCAUUCUGUGCAACUCCCCAGCAUUGAGGUGGAACUGGGAGAAGAGUGGCAGGAUGGCUUUGACUCGCUCUCCAUGCUGACUUCUGCAAGGUACUACGUGCAGGGAGUGUGCCGGGAGGGAAGCAAGUGUAUGUUCUCGCACGACUUGUCCAACAGCAAGUCCUCCACCAUCUGCAAGUACUACCAGAAGGGGCAGUGCGCCUAUGGAUCCCGCUGCAGGUAUGACCACAUCAGGCUCCCUGCCUCGGGGGGUGCAGCAGCUCCAGUGUCUCCUCCUGUGGCAUCAGCAGCGCUUCUCAGCCCUCGCCCUGCGCCCGAGCACAGCGCACCCGCAACCAAGAGCAAGCUGCGUGAGAGUGGCAAACGGGAGAAGAAGACGCUUGUGCUCAGGGACAGAAAUCUGUGUGGCUUGAAUGAAGAGAAGGAAAAAGCCAGUGCCACAAAUAAUGUGGUGUGUUGCGGUGACAGAAACGAUAAUGUGGAAAUGAAACCCCAUUCAUAUUUGGAAGCAAUUUGCACUGGGCUGGAAGAUCCGGUAGCUGGAAGUUCCUUUGGUGAUGGAGAGCAGCUGUGUCCCUACGCUGCAGCGGGAGCAUGCCACUUCGGGGAUCGCUGCCUUUACCUGCACGGGGACGUGUGUGAAAUAUGUGGGCUGCAAGUGCUUCACCCUUUUGACCAAGAACAGAGGAAGGCUCAUGAGAUGAUGUGCAUGGCAGCGUUUGAGCACGAGAUGGAGAAGGCCUUUGCCUUCCAGGCAAGUCAGGACAAAGUGUGCAGCAUCUGCAUGGAAGUGGUGUAUGAAAAGCCAUCAGCCUCAGAGAGAAGGUUUGGGAUCCUCUCCAACUGCAAUCACACGUACUGUUUGUCCUGCAUCCGGCAGUGGAGGUGUGCCAAGCAGUUUGAGAAUCCAAUCAUAAAGUCUUGCCCAGAGUGCCGUGUGAUAUCGGAGUUCGUCAUUCCCAGCACAUAUUGGGUAGAAGACCAGGAGAAGAAAAACGAGUUGAUUGAAGCGUUUAAGCAGGGAGUAGGGAAAAAACCGUGCAAGUACUUUGAACAAGGGAAAGGAACUUGUCCCUUUGGAGGAAAGUGUCUUUACCUUCAUGCCUAUCCAGAUGGGACACGAGCUGAACCUGAAAAACCAAGGAAACAGCUCAGCUCUGAGGGAACCGUGCGGUUCUUCAAUUCUGUUCGUCUGUGGGACUUUAUUGAAGACAGAGAAAGUAGGACUGUGACCGGCGCAGAUGAUCAAGUAACAGAACUUGGAGAACUUUUCAUGCACCUUUCUGGGGCUGAGGAGGAUUCUGCUACUUCUCAAUAAAGGCAAGCGAAGGUGCUUUCUUCCGUAGCAAUCUAGCUAUUUAUUUAGCAGUGGUUCUACUUCUUACAGCACAGCUGGAAUGAAUGAAUGUGCCCUGUGGUCUACUUGUGCAGUCCUGGUGAGGUUUUCAGGUAGUUGUUGUAUAGCAACAAAAGUACUAAAUUAUAUUUAAAAAGUUAAAUUGAUUGCAUGGAAAAAAAUCCCUUGAUCCCAAGAGGGUUUGGCCUAACAUAAGCUGUCAUGUCAAUUGAACGGUAGUGUUACAUACAGCUCCUCUCUUGCCUUUUAAAGCAUAAGCUGUUAAGAACUGUUGCUGUAUCUGUUUAGGGUGCUUAUUUCCCCCAAAUUAACUAAAUGUAUAUCUGCAGAAACACACUAGGAAUAACGAUCCAUGUAGCUUUUCCUUUCUUAAAAAAAAAAACCUACUACAUUAUACCUCAAAGUAUCUAGAAUUCAGAGGAACGCUCACUGUAUUCUUACAGAGUGCUUCAGUAAGGGGGCACUGCCAGGCUGUCAGAGACAGUACAAGGCAGGUUCCUACCACUGCUUUAAAAUAAUGAAGAGUAUAGUGGCAGGAAGGGCUUCCUACAGCACCUGCUGCAAAGCAAAUACAAUCUAGUACCUCCAGGCAGAGCUGUAGUUCCGGUACUGGAGUCAAAAUGCACAGACAGAUGAUACCUACAGCACAAACUGGUACUGGACACUGCAUAAGUAGGUUUCGAUAUCAGUUGAAACAGCAAUAAAUAUUUUUGUUCAUUUUAACUAGAUGAAAUGUAUUUAAUUCAAAAGGAAACUUUGAUUCAGGUUAAAUGAAGCAAAAAUUAAAUGAGGUAACUAAAUAA